AUGGUGAACUUGGCGACUGCAAGAGGUUUAAACGCUGAUUUCUUUAAACUUCAAUCUGCUUCGGCUCUUAUUGUCGGAGGAACCUCAGGAAUCGGCCAAAGUAUAGCGUUUAAGAUCGCUCAAUAUACCAAGAAGCCGCUUAUUGUUGUAUCAGGGCGAGACGAGGUGCGUGGACAAGAGACAGUGGACGCUUUGAAAGCCAUCAACAAGGAAGGAUCUUACUCUUUCGAAAAGUGCGACAUGACGAAGAUGAAAGAUACUCGACUUCUAGCUAAUAAGCUGGCUGAGAAUCAUCAAUCAUUCAAUCUUCUCAUUAUCAGCUCCGGCUUCCUUUCAAUGAAACCUAGAACAGAGACUGAGGAUGGAAUUGAUGAGAAGUUGGCUGUCAACUUCUUUGGCCGUUUCAAUUUGAUAAACCGGAUGAUGCCUAUGUUAACUUCAGCAGCGAACCAGGGACAACGUGUCAACGUCCUCUCAGUUUUUGCUGCUGGUGAAGGACGAACCUUGGAUUUAAAUGACAUUGGCUUGACUAAAAACUUUAGUCUUGCAUCGGCUGCCUCGCAUGGUUCCAAUUGCAACGAUUUAAUGGUGGAGGAACUGAGUGAAAGAAACCCAAAUAUCGCCUUCUACCAUGCACAUCCCGGCAUUGUAAACACCAACCUUGUGUCUACUCUUCCUUGGUAUUUGCGCAUUGCAUCCAAACCUCUUCUACUUUUAAGCAAGAAUCCAGACGAUGUAGCCGAUCAUCUUUUAUCAGGAUUGACGGGAUCCAACAAAACUGGCGGAUGGGGGCUACUGAAUUCCACGGGCGAUCCGAUCAAACCUACCAAGUUUCAAACAAAAGAAGCGCGAGAAAAGGUUUGGAAAUAUUCCACCAAAGUUACUGAACAAGAAGAAAAGCAAAACAACGCAUAA